AUGGCGGGCGAGGAUGCGCUCCCCGUCUUCUCUUUGAGCUCGCUCGGAUUUGGCUUCUCCAGCGCAUCCUCGCCGCCUCCUCCACCCCCGCCUCCCUGCGUCGAGGUCCUUCCCUCGGAGGUAACCCCCUCCCCUCCUCUCCCCUCCCCGCUCCAUCCUCCGAAGAAACGCUGUCGCCUCUCAUGGUCGAUGCUCAUCAGCAGGUCUCGGCGUCUCUCAGUUCGCCCCUGGAAUCCAUCCCCAUCAACGACAAGCUUUCUCUGCUCAAGGUGAGGUUCCAUCUACCUGCCCGUCUUUCUGCGCAGGUUUAUGCUUCCGGCGGAUUGGGUUGAUCCCCGCGAUGCCUCUGCUUGGUCUACCGCAACGCAGGGGAGAGUCAACACCGGCGACGUCUUCGCCAUGCCCAACUCCGACCUGGUACCUGGGAAAUACGAAGGUUCCUUCCUCCGUCUCCUCGUACCCUUUCUAUGCUUGGUCCCGCCGAAGGCUGACGGGUCAGUCUUCGCUGCCUGUGCUUCAGGGGGGCUCAAACUGUGGGAGGGAUCGGUCGAUCUCGUCAAUAGCUUAUGCUCGGAGGUUCAAGGAGGCCGGCUGUCGCUGCUCGGAAAGCGGGUACUAGAGGUCUGCAUCUUCCCUGAACUUCUCGAAUGCCCAUUUGAAUGCUCUUAGAUUCCAGUAAACUCCCCUCCCCCAUCCUCUUCUGAACCAGUCCAACCGAUCUAUAAUCAGAAUCUUAUUCACCUGAAAAAAUUUAUGCCCAUUCCAAAUUCCAGGCCUCUCGGAGUACCCAUGAAUCUUAUUUACCUGGUUCAUCACUGGCCUACAAUGAAGUUGUUUACUUGCCCAUUUUAAUGAGGCUCUGCUUACUGCAUUGGUGAUGUGUGGGGUUUCUGAACCCUGUGGCGAAGAGCCACACAGAGCCAGAGAGAUGAGGGUGACGGCGUCUGUGACCUUGAGGUCAGCUUGCAGACCUGGUGAAGUUCUAAACAAAGCCCCAAACAUGGGCUUGAUGACAAACACUGGGCUACAAGAAAGUUUGAUGCUUAGUUUCUGGAUCAGAUGGGAUAGAAGCGUCAAGGUAAGGCUUUGACUUUAUGAAAGAAGACUGGGUUGGGGUAGGUGUGGGCCGGGUGGGAGAAUUGGAUCCUGUUGUAUUCAUCUGAUUCAAUCCAGCUUCGUUUUCUACUGGUGCGCAUCAAGAACCGACCGUUGAAUUGAACUUCGCACAUCUCGUUGGUUUGAUGAAGAGAUGGAUGAAUGAAUGAGAGAGAAUGCUUGAAUCUUGCAGCUGGGAUGCGGCCACGGUCUUCCCGGAGUCUAUGCAUGCCUCGAGGUGAGCGCCUCUUUCUCUGCGGUUGAGAUCUGUCUUCGUCUCCCUCCGGUGUGCUAGAAAGUUCUUGAAGACCGUCGUUGACUACUCCUCUGCUCUGCAGGGCGCCGCCGCCGUGGACUUCCAGGACUUCAAUGCUGAGGUCCUCCGAUGCCUCACCAUCCGUAACGUAGAGCAUAACCUAAGGAAAGGACGGCCUCGGCUUCCAGAGGGGAAUCCCCAGAAUGAAGGAGCUCAGCAGGUCCGCUUCUUUGCCGGCGACUGGAGAGAGGUUCAUCGCCUGCUGCUCCGGCGGGCCGAUGAUGGCGGCGGUCGUCAUCUUCCCGGCGAAGCCAGCUCGGAGGAGCACGGGUCGUUGUCAUCAUCUUCUUCUUCUCGCUGCUACCAUGUGAUUUUGAUGGCGGAGACGAUGUACUCGCUGUCCUCCCUCGGGAAUCUCUACGAUGUGAUCAAGAAGGUCCGUCGUUGACCUUCGGUUGGUGAUGCUCUAUAUUUGUUUUCAUUUCUCGCGAACUCAUCUGUAUUCUGCAUAAACGCAGUGCCUGCGCCGCCAGACGGGUGUCGUCUACAUGGCCGGGAAGAAGCACUACUUCGGGGUUGGCGGCGGGACUCGGCAGUUCCUCCGUUUGAUCGACGAGGACGGUAAUCCUGCGAUGCUCUCGUCCUUGGUCACCGUUGAAUUGACAUGACGCGGAGCGGCUUGACUUUCGCAGGUGUGAUGGAGGGAUCGCUGCUCGCCGAGAUCGCCGACGGUUCGUCGAACGUGCGCGAGGUGUGGAAAAUCUCCUUCAAGUCGCCGGCUUGA